ACCAUAUCUGCAUAUUACGCCGCGUUAUUUAAAGGGGACGUUGGUAAAUUCUCUUUUGAUCAUUUGUUACGUAAUAAGAGUGCUGUUUACACUCUAAUUGGAUGUAUUUCUGUUUAAAUGUUUACUCUAAACAUCUUUUAUUCUUAACUAUUUUACAACCGCUAUCUUUGAGUACUUUGGUUGUUGUAUUUGUUAGCACGCAAGCUCCCAAUUUUGGGGAAAAUUUCUACUUAUUUUCGGGAAAUUCUGAAAAAAUUUUGGGGAAAUGGCACAAAAACCCCAAAAUAGGUAAAAAUUUUCCUCAAAAUUGAGAGCUUUGGUUGCUACUAAAGAAAAGCUAGCCCCCCCCCAGAAAGCGGAGCCUGUUUAUAGUGACAGGUCAGUUAUAUUUCAUAGAAUCAAGGAGGGUGAAUGCUCGAAACCUAAAACUCGUUUUGAGCAUAACAUUAGGUUGAUAAAGCAGAUACUAAAUCAGCUAAUGCCUCGUUAUCUUCGGGAUCACUCUGCUAAAGGUGUGUAGACUAGGUAGCCAAAUGAAAUGGAAACACAAUUAAACCAGGAUGCUUAAAGUUGUAUUUAAAUUUCCCAGUAAAGGGACUCAAUACUACUGAAUGGACAUAAACUAAAGGAAUUAGGAAUUUUUGUCCGUAAGGACUUUCCGCUUUAUAGAACGGUAUUAUAAUACCGUGUAAAAAGACGAGACGCCGAAGAAGAACUAAAACUUUGGUUAGAUGCCUGCAAAAAGGACCUAAAUAUUGUAAAUUUCCGGGUUGUAAAGCCUCGACAAAGAAUGAUGCCGAAGUCACUAUUAGUACAGUAUGAAGCCAUCUAAAUGGGCUUCAGAUCUAUUACGCAAAUACCCGGAGCUUGCUCAAUAAGCGAUUGGAACUAUGUGUACAGAUUGACUCUACUAAACGGAUGUAUUUUCAGUUACAUAGACUUGGCUGACUCAGCCUGUAGACAGUUUAGAACUUGAUUUUGAAGCUUUCACAUUAGUAAGAGCCAACAGAAUCCAGAAGAGUAAAGGAGAGGGAGUAGCUCUAUCCAUUAGGAAUACCAUUCCAUGUACCAAUAUAGAUAAUGUAUCACAUGAGAGUGGGACAUGUGGAUUAGUUAGUUUCUGCUUGAAAUGCAAGGGACAAGAGCUGCUAAUUGGUUUGGCCUACCGCAGUCCAAGUUUUGAGGUAAAUGAGGUCUUGUUAGACUGUCUCAAUACUUGGUCACAAAGUAGUCGAUGCCCAAUCCUAAGAGACUUUAAGGCACCCACGGUAGACUAGAAAAAUCUGAGAACUGAAUUGUCAGAAGACUCCGAGCAGGAAAUGGUUGAUGAGGUUACCAUAUGUGCCGUAGUACAACAUGUGAGAGAAGCGACUAGGUACGACUCGGAAUCUGAAUCAUCCUUACUAGAUAUUAUAUUGACCCAUUACGAGGAUGAUGUUAUGAACCUCGAUUACAUACCACCCUUAGGUAAAAGUGAUCAUGCAGUUCUAACCUUUGACUUCUAUGUAAUUGUUAAAAACGAUCACGAAUCAGCCCGACGCAAACCUAACGUCUGGAAAGCAAAUAUAGAAUAUAUUAUGCACUCAGCAUCGUCAGUAGAUUGGACAGUAGAUCCAGAGUCUCCAACUGAAACAGUUUGGGAUGUAUUUCAAAAUUCGUACUUAAGUCACUGCACCGCGUAUCCCUUAGACUACACCAAGGGGUUCGAUAAACUCCCUACCGUUAUUCAGUAAAGAGGUUCACAUCCUUAUCCGCAAGAGGAGAAUGUGCGGGAGAUUUAGGCUACUGGGUACUGAUGAGACAAAACCUCAAUAUCGAGAGGCUCGAGAUACUUGUGCAUCGACCCUCCGCAAGUCUAGAAGGUUGUAUAAAGAAAAAAACUGUUAAGGAACCUAUAGAAUGCCCUAAACGCUUGUAUUCGUAUGCAAAUCAAAAGACAAAGGGAAGAGGAAAUCUUCCAGCACUACGGGGAGACAGUAAUGCCCCAUAAUUAGUGGAGGACGACCAUGGGAAAGCUCAAGUACUCUCAAGCUACUUCAGCAAUUUAUAUACCGUAGAGACAAUUCCCGUUAGUUCAUACACAUAUACUAGACGUGACCAUUAAAGAACUCGAUGUCUUUGGCAUGCUAAAUAAGCUUGAUGUAAGCAAAUCUACUGGACCCAAUGCUGAAAUUCAUCCUAGGUUACUAAAGGAACUAGCUAAUUUCGUUGCGAACCCCUUAAGUUUAUGUUUCAAUCUAUCAGUAACUCAUAGUCGUUAACCAAAAGACUGGAAGAACUCCGUAGUAAGUCCUGUCAUCAAAACAGGCAAGAAAUGUAAACCUGAAAACUACCGACCCGUUAGUCUAACCAGCGUGGUUGUUAAAAUUUUAGAAAAAAUUAUUCGGAAAGAGCUGUUUACGUAUUUUGAUGAAAACCAAAUCCUUUCGGAAAAGCAGCAUGGCUUUAGAAUAGGUUAUCCCUGUCUCUAACCUAUUAGUGGCUUGUGAAAGCUGGUGCGCUCUUAAAGACCAAAAGUUACCUAUAGACGUAGUCUACAUUGACUUCGGCAGAGCUUUUGACAAAGUCCCUCACAACCGACCGUUAUAUAAGUUAAGAAAUGUUGGGGUUGGAGGCAAUCUGUUAAUGUGGAUUAAAGACUUCGUAGUUGGGAACCAACAAAGAGUACGGGUGAACUCAUAGUUGUCUAGCGGCGUGCUUCAGGGUACAGUUUUUGGGCCAGUAUAGUUCUUGUAUGUAAAUGACCUUCCUCAUCUCUUAUUAUCGGCCUUGAUAUAUGUUGACGAUGUCAAGAUAUGGAGAGCGAUAAAAAGUAAAUUUGAUAGCUUAGAUCUUCAAAAUAACCUGGAGAAAUUAUCUGAAUGGUCUCAAACUUGGCAGUUGCCGGUAAAUACUUUCAAGUGGAUUGUGAUGCAUAUUGGUCGUCAAGGUACAGAUACAUACAUAAUGAAUAACAUCGAACUACUUGUUGUCCAGACACACAAUGACUUAGGAGUCAUAGUUAGCCAAGACUUAAAAACUACUGCACUGCCUUGUGACAGCCGCCAAAGGCUUUAGAAACCUAUGGUCAAUACGUAGGGCCUAUAACCAUGUCAACGCUAAGACGUUUUUGACUUUGUAUACAGUAUUCGUGCAUCCUAAACUUGAGUAGUGCAUACAAACGGCUAGCCUCUGCUUAAAAAUGGCAGUGAGCUUUUGAAAAAGGUUCAGACAAUAACAACUAAGCUAAUUUUUGGGAUAGCGAAGCUCCCGAAUGAUACUCGACUGGCUAAACUAAACGUUUUCCCAUUGUCAUAUAGAUGAACCAGAGGUGAAUUGAUUACAGUUUUAAAAUUAUUUAGUAAUAAAUUUACAUCUGAUACGUCCUCAUUUUUCUUGUCCUCCAAAACAGGAUUUGCGAGGACACUCUAAAAAAGUUCACAAGCCCAGAACAGAUUACUUGUCAGCUGACUACCGACUUUCCCACUGGAUCAUCAACGAGUGGAAUUUAUUACCUCAGCACGUGGUUAAAGUUCCAUCUGUCGACUCUUUUAAAAGAAAGUUGGAUCAACUGAGACACCAUCUUUGCCAGGACCAACACAGACCGCCUAGCCUCCUGUCCUUUCCAAACCGAGACAAACUGAAACAGAAACUGAUUUUCAAAAAGUAUAACAAUACCGCAUCAUGAAGAAAUAUUCAUGUUUAUUGGAGGGAACCACGUUUUCUGAUCGAAAUUCAGGGUUUGUAUUUACUAAUGAUUCGGCUGGUCCUUCUGAGAGCUUUAGUACAGAAUUACUCGCACAAUUUGCUUUGGAUAAAUACUUUGAUCAAAGUGAUUAUUCUUUUUCAGAUGACAGUAAUCAGUAUUCAUCACUUCUGAGUCAUGAGACAUAUUUUGGUUGUCACAUACCCUGUGAUACACAGCAAAGAACAGUUAGAGAUAGUGAUGAUCACAAAUCAAAGCUUAUAACACGGAAGGAAUGUUCUGGAGUUAGUAAUGUACUAUUAUCUCAUUGUCCAAGCUCACGUUCUAACUUGGAUAGAAAUCGUCUUGACAGGAUAGCAUCACCGAAAUGUACUCCAGUAUUUUAUGAAAAACACACAGAUGACAGUGAAAAACGAAGAUCUGGUUCCUGUAACUUUGUGUCUGAUGAGAAAGGCCGUAUUAUUCUUUCUAGGCCGGAUGAGUGUCUAUGUUCCGUCUGUUUCAUUUCUCGUAUAUCAAAACCCGAAAAAUAUAAGACCAGAAACACAAGGAAACAAAACAAAACUGUAUUAGACACAGAUUAUCAUACUGUUAAUCUAAGAAGAAAAGUAUCAACCAAGCACUUUACUACUACCUAUAGUACUAGUAAUCAACAAACAUAUAAUCGAUCAUCAUCCAAAGUUUCACCUCAUGGUGGGGGUUCACCUACCUCAGAUUUGUAUGAUAUAACAGAAUGCUUGAUCAGUGAAUGUGUUCGUGACCAUUUAUUGAUCGAACCUGUGAACGCUGAGAACGACCAUAACGUAACUAUAAGCUUAAACAGUGAUGUCGUGAAUAACGCUAAAUGUCUACACAAUUCGAAUGAUAAACUGUCGGCAUGGGGAUGUUGGUUGUUAGAGAAAGAAAAACAAAAACGAGAACAAAAAAAAGAGUCAAAAAAGAAACAGGUAAAAUGUAUUAUACAUUAUUUCUAUGGGGAAAAUUAUUGCUAGUGAUGAUUAUUAGCUUAAAUGGAAAAUGGCUUUGACUUCACAAGCUGUAUUACUUAGGCAAGCAAAUCAUGUAAUUAAGCACUUAAAAUCUACACAUUAUGUUGAACAUUUCAUUUUUAAGCUCUAAUUUAUUUGGAAAGAGUAGCUCUUAUCACUAAUGAAUGUUAAGAGGAGAGUCAUCGGAAGAAAUCAAGGAGCACUGGACGUCCGGUUUAUGGAUGUUUCUGAGGUUCCAGACAAACUAAACAUUAAAAAAAUAAAUUCUUAGAAAAUCGUGUUUUGUACGUAGCUAAGUGACUCUUAAUGAGAUAUUUAGUUACAUAUAAAAUAUAGUGGACCCAAAAGAUGGGAUAACUCCACAUGUAGCUCUUCUAGAGUUACUGCCGCUCCCAAGCCUGGGUAAAGGAGGAGGGUUGGGCAUGGGGUUAGCAACCCCAUCCCGUAGAAACCUAACUCGCUAAAAAACGCUAACCAGAAAAAAUAACUCAAACCAUUUAAACUCUGUCCUGGGAGUUAGAAGGUCUUCACUUAGAAAAAAAAUGACGCCUCAUGAGGAAAGCCGAGUUCCUUCGGAAGUCACGAGACCGAUGCCCCUUCUAACAACCAGAGCAACAAGUAGUAUAGGCACAUGGAAUCUCCUGACAAUGUGGGAGACCGGGAAGACCAUUCAAAUAGCGACGGAAAGGAGGAGAUACAACUUGGCAGUACUGGGAAUCAGCGAAACCCAUUGGACCCAAGCUGGACAACAAAGGCUAGAUACGGGAGAGAUGCUGCUAUACUCCGGUCGUGAAGAGGAAAAUGCUCCACACACUCAGGGAGUUGCUCUAAUGCUGUCCAAAGUAGCACGAAAUGCACUUGUGGGAUGGGAAUCUCACGGAUCCAGAAUCAUCAAAGCAUCAUUCAAAACAAAGAAGGAUGGGAUCACAAUGAAUGUUAUCCAAUGUUAUUCACCCACCAAUGAUAGCAACGACGACAUUAAAGAUCAAUUCUAUGAGAGGCUGUAAUCAAUCAUAACGAAGUGCUCAGGAAAGGACCUCACCAUUCUGAUCGGAGAUCUAAACGCCAAAGUCGGAAUAGACAACACCGGAUAUGAAGAUAUCGUGGGACAACAUGGCCUGGGAGAAAGGAACGAGAUUGUUGAUAGAUUUGCAAACUUAUGUGCAUUUAACAAAUUGGUUAUAGUCGGCACAAUAUUACCCCACAAACUUACACAAAGCUACAUGAGUCUGACUGAAUUACACUACGAAGAACCAGAUUGUCCAUAUUUGGUUCAAUAAAAAAUUCAGAAGGUCAAUGGAAGAAGCGAGAACCAGGAGAGAAGCUGACGUAACUUCAGAUCAUCACCUGGUGGUUGCCAAGAUGAAACUGAAGCUAAAGAAACGCCGGACAACUAGCAAAACAGCAUUACAAGGGUUCAAUACAGCCUUCCUCCGAGAUACCGACAAACUCAACGAAUUCAAGAUAGCUCUCAAUAACAGGUUCCAAGCCUUACAAGAUCUACUGAAGGAAGAAGAAAGUAAUAUGGAGGACAAGUGGAAAGGUACCAAAGGAGCAUUGACUUGAACGUGUCAGGAGGUUCUGGACCUCAAGAAGCAUCACCAUAAGGAGUGGAUCUCUUGGAAUAUCCUAAGAUAUAACCUGUUGUUCCUGAAAUAGGACAGUUUAGAUUUUUUCUAGGACGCGUUAACCAGCAGUUCCUUUACUCGAAUGACGUAAUAUAAAGUCUUUUCCUCAAUAACUAAGGAAUAACUACGUUGCUAUAUUCAGGAUAUUAGUAUGUUAAUGCCUUUUUAACCGUAGUUUACAAUGAGACCGUAACAGAAUAGAAAAUUCAAAGUUCAGAUAAAUAAAGUGUUAACUGUAGAUAAAGAAGAGAAAAAAUAAACAUAGUAUGGAAAGAAUAGGAAAUCGUUGCACUACCCUACACCAUGCAAACGACUCAAAGAUUACCACGGAAAAUUCCAGGUUACGGCAUAUUGUUUCCGUUCACAUAAGGGGGUGUGGAUCUGAGAUUGGUCAAAGCUCCGAUAAAUCUGACCUUUAUCAGUUUUCGCAUAAUAAGCCUCAAGAAAUAUAUGUGUGACCAGAUUGUUCGAAAUGUGCAGCGCAAACACAUCACACAUUCUGGAUUAAUUCUGUUUUUUUUUUCACUGUUCUGUUAAAUUUUGUAAGAGGGACCAAUUGCUUUAAAUGUUCUACUUUGUUUUCUUUAUACUAAUUAGACCUGUGUUAAUUUAUUUCGGUUAUUUAUUUACUCUGAAGAAGUGACUUACAUCAAGUCAAGAAACUUCAGAAGUACAAAUUUCUACUCAUUGGUAUAUCUCAGAAAUUAUAUUUAUUUUUGAAUACAUUUGUUAGUUGUUUUUAUUUUAUAACAACAAUCAUGAUUAAUUUUGAACAAUGUUUUAAAGAUUGAAGAAAUUCAAAAGAGGAAUCAGUUAUUGGUGCAAAUAAUAAAUCGUAGAAGGUUAGUUGAACAAAAAUGUAAAGAAUGGACUGAAGCAAAACAAAAAGAAAGAAUACAAAUUAAAAAACUUCGAGAGAUAGAGAAGAAAAAUGAAGAAUCAAAAAAAAAACAAGAAUUACUUGAACACACACAGAAAUCCAGAUUGAAAUAUCAAGAAUGGUGUAAAAAGAAGACUGAAGAAGAAUAUAAGAAAAUCCAAUAUAUUAGACAAGUUGAAUUCAAAAAAUACUUAGCUAAUCAAACUCGUAGAGAAGCUUCAACUGUAGCCUAUGACCAUUGGCUAAAAUCGAUUGGUUGUAAGAAAUCCGCUUCACACUAUUCACAUGGAUAUUCUGAUGGAAAACUAAUAGACUAUUACGACCGAACAGCCAAUCCCUCUCCAAGUUUUGUGAAUCCGAAUCCAUGGAUUAAUUCUACAGAUUUAACUUUACAGAGCUGAUACGAGACAACAGUCCAGCAGUUAUACUGGCCAAACUUAUCAAAGAUCCUAUUCACUUUUCAAUUUACAAGAUUGUAUUAAUAUACAUUGUUGAGUAGAUCA